GUCUCUGAAAUCUGUAGUUUUUUUUUUUUUUUAAUGAGUUGCGUCGGAGCUCCUCUCCGCCCAUACUAGUCGCUGCUAUACCUCAAUACGUUUCUGUUUCCAUUAAUGAAGUAAACGCUGGCACGUGUACCGUGCUGUCAUAUUUUAAGCAAAUUAGGGAAAUGUAGUGUAGUCUGUGCAUUAGCGUAAAUAGCCUGUUGUCACGAGGAAAGUAUUUGUAAAUAACCUUAAUAUGUUCUUGUCUGCCUCCAGAUGCAGGGCCGGCAGAUAAAACAAUGUGGCCUUUUCUCACUGACUCUUUUGGCCACAUUUUUCCAUUGUAGCUGUUUGCCACACAGUACUGGUGGAAAGCCAUUUCCAGAGACUGCUAAAGAAAUUGCCAGCUAUGCAAAGGUAGCCAAGAGCAUCAUAGACUUGGCUGUGUAUGGCAAAGCCCAGAACCGCUCCUAUGAGAGACUGGCAGACUUCACAGAUACAAUAGGGAACCGUGUCAGUGGCUCUAAGAACCUGGACCUGGCUAUCAAGUACAUGUUCAGUGCCCUGAAACAGGAUGGGCUGGAGAACUUACAUCUAGAACCAGUGAAGAUUCCACACUGGGUCAGGGGAGAGGAGAGCGCCAUGAUGCUACAGCCCCGGAACCACACCAUGGCCAUCCUUGGACUGGGCAGCAGUGUGGCUACACCCCAAGGAGGCAUUGAAGCAGAGGUGCUGGUGGUGGAGUCUUUUGAGGAGCUGAAAAAAAGGCAGAAGGAAGCCAUUGGGAAGAUCGUGGUGUAUAACCAGCCCUUUGUCAGCUAUGAGGAGACUGUGUAGGACAGGGAUUUUGGGGCAUCCCAGGCAGCUGAAGUAGGAGCUGUGGCUACUCUCAUCCGGUCCAUCACACCCUUCUCCAUCAACAGUUCUCACACAGGCUGGCAGGACUACCAGGAGGGAGUGCAGAAGAUCCCUACCGCCUGUAUCACAGUGGAAGACGCCAUGAUGAUGGCCAGGAUGGCUAAGCGAGGCCAGAGGAUUGUGGUCCGACUCACCAUGAACGCCCAGACCUUCCCUGACGCUGACUCCUUCAACACUGUGGCUGAGAUCAUCGGCAGCGAGCACCCAGAACAGGUGGUGCUGCUCAGUGGUCAUCUGGACAGCUGGGAUGUGGGCCAGGGGGCCAUGGAUGAUGGUGGUGGAGCACUCAUCUCCUGGGAGGCCUUGUCUCUGCUUAAAGACCUGGGUCUGCGUCCCAGAAGAACCCUCCGGACAGUGCUGUGGUCUGCAGAGGAGCAGGGAGGGGUUGGAGCGCAACAGUACUUCCAGCUUCACAAGGUGAACAUCUCUAACUUUAACCUAGUGAUGGAGUCUGACAUGGGUACCUUCACCCCCCUGGGGCUGCAGUUCACAGGCUCAGCCCAGGCCCGGGCUGUCAUGGCUGAGGUGAUGAAGCUACUGAAGCCCAUCAACACCACCACCCUGGAGGAACACGGAGAGGGAAUUGAUUUAGAGAUGUGGAUGGAUGCCGGCGUGCCAGGAGCCAGCCUGCACGUUGCAGACAGUAGAUACUUCUGGUUCCACCACACCAACGGGGACACCAUGUCUGUUCAGAGCCCCAUAGAAAUGAACCUGUGUUCGCCAAUAGUCUGGCCAGUCUGGCACCAGACCCCCAUCACUUCCUGUGUCUAA